AAAUUAGUCAAGUUACAGAGAAACAAAAUCCAGAUAGAUUCUAAUCAACAACACAUCUCAAGAAAAAAGAUGGCUUCAGUGAAUUCUCGAAGUGGUUUCUGUAACUCAAACUCAACAUUCUACAGCAAACGAACACCAAUACCACUCCCGCCAAACCCAUCACUCGACGUCACUACUUUCAUAUCUUCACAAGCUCAUCGCGGACGUAUCGCCUUCAUCGACGCUUCCACAGGUCAAAACCUCACCUUCUCCGAGUUAUGGCGUGCCGUGGAAUCCGUCGCCGAUUGUCUCUCCAACAUGGGGAUUCGCAAAGGCCACGUCGUCCUCCUCCUCUCUCCAAACUCAAUUUUAUUCCCCGUCGUUUGUCUCUCCGUCAUGUCACUCGGCGCAAUCAUCACCACCACGAAUCCUCUCAACACUCCAAACGAAAUCGCUAAACAGAUUAAGGACUCAAAUCCAGUCCUCGCCUUCACCACCUCGCAGCUCCUCCCGAAAAUCGCCGCCGCAGCAGCAAAGCUCCCUAUCGUGCUCAUGGACGAGGAACGAGUUGACUCAGUGGGAAAAGUGAGAAGAUUGGUGGAGAUGAUGAAGAAGAAACCGAGUGGGAACCGAGUCAAGGAGCAAGUUGACCAGGAUGAUACGGCGACUUUGCUUUACUCUUCAGGAACCACGGGAAUGAGCAAAGGAGUGAUCUCGUCUCACCGUAACUUAAUCGCGAUGGUUCAAACCAUCGUGAAUCGAUUUGGAUCUGAUGAUGGAUCACAAGGAGAGCAACGAUUCAUCUGCACCGUUCCUAUGUUUCAUAUCUACGGCUUAGCUGCGUUCGCUACUGGAUUACUCGCUUACGGAUCUACGAUCAUCGUUCUCUCCAAAUUCGAGAUGCACGAGAUGAUGUCAUCGAUUGGUAAGUAUCAAGCCACGUGUUUGCCUCUCGUGCCUCCGAUUCUUGUGGCGAUGGUCAACGGUGCAGAUCAGAUUAAGGCUAAGUAUGAUUUGAGCUCUCUGCAUACGGUUUUAUGCGGCGGAGCUCCGUUGAGUAAGGAAGUGACUGAAGGAUUCGCGGAGAAGUAUCCGACGGUUAAGAUUUUGCAAGGUUAUGGGUUGACUGAGUCAACGGGUAUAGGAGCUUCUACGGAUACUGUUGAGGAAAGUCGGAGAUACGGUACCGCCGGGAAAUUGUCGGCAAGUAUGGAAGGGAGGAUUGUGGAUCCGGUUACUGGUCAGAUUCUUGGACCGAACCAAACCGGUGAGCUUUGGCUUAAGGGUCCUUCCAUAAUGAAAGGUUAUUUCAGCAAUGAGGAAGCUACGAGUUCGACUCUUGAUUCUGAGGAAUGGUUAAGAACUGGAGAUCUUUGUUAUAUCGAUGAAGAUGGAUUCAUAUUCGUUGUUGAUCGGUUAAAGGAACUGAUCAAGUACAAGGGUUACCAGGUUGCUCCAGCUGAGCUAGAGGCUUUGCUGCUCACUCAUCCUGAAAUCACUGAUGCCGCAGUGAUCCCGUUUCCGGACAAAGAAGUGGGGCAAUUUCCAAUGGCAUACGUCGUAAGGAAAACUGGGAGCAGUUUAUCAGAGAAGUCGAUAAUGGAGUUUGUGGCGAAACAAGUAGCACCAUACAAGAGGAUACGAAAAGUUGCUUUCGUAUCUUCCAUACCAAAGAACCCUUCAGGAAAGAUUCUACGCAAGGAUCUUAUCAAGCUAGCAACUUCCAACUCCAAGCUUUGAAAUUGUUAUGAGAGCCAAUCUCCAUGUAUUAUUAUUUUUUGUGCUGUAUACCUGUAGUAAAUCUGUUACCAUUGU